CAGAUUGGGCGGGAAAUCUGGCCCAAUCUGGCAACACUGGCUGCAGCGUGUGCACCCGUUGGUGCCUCGGUUGGUCUCUUGAACAUCGCGAGGAGCGGAUGACCUGCAGAGACAAACACAAAGAUGGCGGCCGGUUCUGGAGCUGCAAGCGGCCAUGGGGCUCGCACCUCCACGGCUGCUUUGGAAGCGUCUCUGGACCGUCGUUUUCAAGGAGUAUCAAACACCAUGGAGUCGAUACAGGGGCUUUCAACAUGGUGCAUUGAGAACAAGAAAUACCACACUCUAAUUGUGCGGUACUGGAUGAAGUGGCUGAAGAAAUCGGACACUAAUCAUCGCCUGAAUCUCUUCUACCUUGCAAAUGAUGUAAUUCAAAACUGCAAGAGAAAGAAUGCUAUUGCCUUCCGUGCAGCCUUUGCAGAGGUCCUACCCACCGCAGCCUACCUGAUCAAAGAUGUGAAGGUGCGGAAGUCCGUGGAGAGGAUCUUCACCAUCUGGGAGGAGCGGAGCGUGUAUUCUGAGGAGCUUAUCACCCAGUUCAAGGCCGGACUCACCAAAAAGGACCGGGAGAGGGAGCGAGAAAAAGAGAGGCAGAAGGAGAAGGAGAAAGAGAAGGAGAAAGAGAAGGAGAAAGAGAAGGAGAAGGAAAAAGAGAAGAAAGAGAAAGCGAAAGAAAAGGAGGCUCAAGCUCCACCAGCUCCAGCCAACCCUAAGGCAGCCCUUAAGUCAAAGAUAGUGGCAGAGUUCACCCCCAGCUCGUUCAUAGACCAGCUGUCGCUGCACAAGAGGGCGAUGGAGGAGGAGGCGCUGAGGGAGAAGCAGCUGGAAGCUCUCAGGGUGGACGUCUGCAGCAACGAGGCCCUCAAGAGACUCAAAGACAAGGCCGGCGGCAACAAGUUUGCCACAGACUUCGAGGAAGGCAGUCUGAAGCUGCAGGAGUUCGUCAGCUUCCUGGAGGAGCAGCUGCCGACGGGGCCGCCCCUGCAGGACGCCUUGGGGAACGCAGACAUCUUCUACGAGAUGCAGUACAAGGAGGUCAAGAUCGUGGCCAAUGCGUACAACGCCUUUGCCAACCGCGUGGCUAGUCUGAAGAGGAAGCUGGAUGCCCUCAAGUCGUCCCUGCCUGGGCCCGAGGACUCUCCGAUCCCCUCCCCCUCGGAGGACGCCCCGUCGCCGUCCGGCUCUGACUCCCCCUUCAUGGGCUUGGUAGCCAGCAGGGCCCCCCUGGACCCUGACCUUGAUGGCAAGGCCAUGGACGAGGGGGACCUGGUCCGAGACAACAGAGACCCAGAGGAUAUGGACAUGUCUGACGAGGAGGGGGACUCUAGCAAAUCAGUUGAUGAAAAGACAGGGAAGGCAUCCCCUGCUGUUUCCAAGACGACCAAAGUGGGCGUUCCAUCAAAGCUUAAUCUCCCAGACACCACAAUGAAGUCUCCCAAGACCACUCCCCCUGCCUCGGCCCCAACGCCACUAUCCCCGAUGGCUGUCACUCUCCAGAGCACCCCCACCACGACGCUGGGGGUCAACCUGGCCAACGUGGACCUGGGGAAGAUCAGCUCCAUCCUUAGUUCCAUUACCUCUGCCAUGAAGAAUACAACAGCAAGCCCCUCAUCUCGGCCCUCUCCUGGCACACCCACUACGCCUUCGGGCCAAUCAACAGCCUCCAAAGCUGCCCCACCAAGUCCCGCCCUGGCCAGCAUCCUGUCUCGUGUUGACAUCACUCCCGAGGGCAUACUCAACGCUCUGACGAAGACCAACACCUCUGGGUUGUCUUCGCUGCUGCAAAAUGUCACAAAUUCCAACCGUACUUCCCCAGAAUCCUCAGCCUCAAAGACCCCCGUCACGCCGACCACCCCUAAAAACAAGCCCUCCCCGGGCAACAGCCUCAAACGGGACACCCCGGGCUUAACCAGAGAUUGGGAGAAAGGGACGGAGUUGUCCCCUCCUCCCCCACCGCCCCCUCCCUCUCGCCCCGCUGCUCCCUCCGUCGCUGCCCCCAGCCUAGAGUCCAAGAUCAACAGCUUCCUGCAGGGCAACCCGGGCUUCAGUCUGGGGCUGGGCGACUCGAGUCCUCUAGGGGGCGACUGGGUGGAAGGCACCCCGGUGAGGGACGAGGCUGCGGGCACCCCCACUCAGGACGAGAUCAUGGACACGCCCGCGUCGGACUCCCUGGGCUCGUCCGCGGGUCACAACCUCUCCCCCACCGCCUACCGCAGUGACCCCUGGGACGCCGUCAUCACCCCCACGUCCAACAGCAAAAACGAAGACUACCUGGCCUCCUCUUCCCGCUACGGCCCCGGGCGGAAGACCUCCAAACAUAAGGAAGAGGAGGGCACGAGGAAGCAGGCCCCCUCCUCCUCCGCCCUGGUGGAGGCGCUGAAGAUCAAGGAGGAUGCACUGAGCACCCAGCUGAAGGCCCUGAGGAACGCCAGGCCCGUGCUCGAUAGACGGCCCCCAUCUGGCUCUCGCAAGGCCGGCCCCGACGACGGGGCCCGGGGAGGGAAAAGAGACGGCAAGGGGAAAGGACGCGAGGGCUUUUCCCCGGGGAGGGAGGGGAAGGAUCGUCCCUUCCACCGCAUCGAGACACUGGUGUCGCCCUGCACAGAGGCAGCGGCCGCCCCUGCUCUGGGUUACCCCAACGCAGCGCUCACAGGGGAGCGCAUCCAGACCGUAGAAAGCAUCCGCGUGAUCGGCCGGGACUCGAGGCACGGGGGCGGGCCGCCUGGCCGGCAGGGGCCCGCCAUGUGGUAUGAAGAGGAGGAGUACAUGGAUGCCCAGCCCCCCUCUCCCCGUUCUGGACCCCCGGGACCUCCUACCUGCAAUAUGGGCCAGUCGGGCUCCGAGGACAGGGCGCCCCCGAUGCCACCGCAACAUCCGCAUCCGCCACCGUCCCCUCACCACCUCCCACAGCACCAUCAUCCUCCUCUCCCCCACCCUCACCACCCUCCUCCCCAGAACCAGUUCCAAAUAGCGUACCACGGGGAAAGCAUGCAAGCACCAUCCCACCCUCACCCUCACCCCCAUCCUCACCCCCACCCUCACCCCCACCCCCACUCCCACCCCCACUCCCAACAGCCUCCUCUCGCUGCCUUCUUCGGUGGUCCUCCCCCACCAAUCCCCCGACCCCCUCCCCCUCCCAUCCCUCAGCGCCCGCCCCCUCCUCACAGCUUCUCCGGCAUCCCCUCUGCGGUAAUGGUGGGUGGAGUGCUAGUGCCUGUCGACCGGCCCCUGCCCCCCCCUCACCCUGGUCGCUCUGAUGGGCCUGCGCGAGGCGGGACCGGUUUAGGACCUAGAGGGGGCAAAGGGGGAGCUCCACCUCCCCUGAUGUCAUCGCUACUCGGCGAGGCCCCCAAGAUGCCCCGUCCUGGCACGGUUAAAGAGCAUUUUGUACCCCGCCAUGCACCCCCCCUGCACCGCCCCGGCACGCCUGGGGCUCCCCCGCCCUUACUGGGCAGGGUGAAGGAGCCGGCAGGCCGAACUCUCUCCCACUCCCGCUCUCCCACCCCGCCGUCCCCCAACACGCCGUCCCCUAGCUCAGAGUCUGCGCCUCCCCGCUCCUCUGCUCCCGGCAAGGGCCUUGCCCUGCUGAAGCCCCCCACUAGCCCGCCGCCACACCCCCGCAGCCAAGGCCCUAACAGCCGCGGCCCGCUCCCCCUGCUGCACUUGCACGGUGCUCGGCCCCCUAUCCUCCCUCAUCCCAUUCCCCAGAGACCCAUGCUGCGUGGCCGGGCCCCUGCUCCAAGCCUUCACAAAGACCACCCCGGGGGGUACCGCGGCGGCAAGCGCCCUGGCCCUCCCUAUACAGGUCCCUUCCAUGCACCCAAGAGACCGUUCCUACCCCCGCGCUACUGACGUGGUCGUCUGCGAGAAGCCGCGGCGCUAGUUGCAUCCAACACGGCGUUGGUGUGUUUGUGUAUAAAAUCAUACUGGUAUGAUCCCAGUUAUCUUCACUAUACGUAUUACUCCUCACAGUUCUCAUCUUUGGUGUAAAUAGCUUGUUGAUACAAACCAAGUAGCCAACUCAGUCAGCUUGUACGGUGCAGCGCAGUAGAGUCGUAUCGCUGCUUAUUAGUUCUCUAGUGCAGGGUGUUACCAGCUCCUUAACCUGCCUCCUCCUUCCCCCUUCAGCUACAGGAGAUGUGCUUGUGGGCACCUGGGAGAAGGCUCACAAACAGUUGGAGUAGAAAGGAAACCACAGGUGGUUAUUCUGUUUUUUAAGUGAUUCUCCCUUUCGCCUUGUUUCCGUUUCCUUCCUCUUUCCUCUCCUUGAGAAUGGGAGGGAGGUCUGGUCAUGGUAGGGGGGACAGUUGGAGGCGUACUGAUUGAUGUACAGGAUAAUGAUAUACAAGUACUUCUAAAAUAUUUUUAAUUUCAUAGAGUCUGGUUGUUUCCUAAAAAUAGUUAUUUUUUCAGAGUAGUGAGAUGUACAAAGACGGGCCGAUUUUGACUCGUACUAUUUCGAUUUCCGUGGUUGACCCCCUAAUGGCAUCCAUCUUUUUGUGUAAAUAAUGUUUCUCUUCCUGCGGAAUCUUCCACAGCUGCAUUAUCUCCUGUGUGUACGCCAGAGCGUUUUAAAUGACAAGUCAUUUACUUUCAAGCUUUUCGUUCAUUGGAGGCAAUGAUGGUCUUCCCUCCGUUCUGCUGUUAAAACAAGUGGAGGCCUUCAGUGAGCUUUAGUCCAAGAAGAACUUCACGACUGUCACACACACACACACAAACAGCUGUGUCUUCUCAAGACCACAAGGGGAGUGCCGAUUACUUUGAAGUGUGUGUUGGUGUGCGGGUGCUUGUGUGUCGGUAUGCAUGUGUGUGCGUUUACUGUUAGAAUGGUUGUCAUUGCGGUGAGAGGGGUCAGUUUAAAGAACACUCCUGCCAGUUCUACAUGUACUGACUGAUAACAAUAAAAUCCAGAGUUUCAAUUAAACUGGGGGGGAGGUACUUUAUUUGGUCAGUGGAUCUGUUUAAUGCACGGUUUAAAGACAUUUUAAUUUUCAAAGUUUCGAUGGUGAUUUAUUUUGUUUGUCUGAUAAUUAAGUUUUGAUGAUUUUUUAUUCUAUGUAAUGAACCAUGUCAUAGAACUACAAUUUAUGAGAGGGCUUGUUUCUAAAUGCUUCCUUUUUUUUUUUUUUUUUUCUUUUUAUUACCCCAGUAAAGUACGCCCAGGUACACUUUCAUCCUUCUUUGAAGCGAAAAAAAUAAAUUAGAAUUACUAAAGGUCUAAGUUCAUUGUUUGCUAUCCCCUGACCUAAAGUAACCAUCCUGAAUAUACACUGAGUAUCCAUUCACUGUGGUACACCAAGGUACUUUAUUAAUGUAUCUUACAUUGUUUCUUGGCGGUUCAUUAGGUACCUGUAUAUACCUAAUUAAAUGGCAUCUCUAUAAAUCAUAAUGCUGCUACACAGUAUCACACACAUAGACGCAUACAAACACAUCGUUUAAGUGGAAUAUAAAUCAAGGAAAAAAUAAUGCUCGCAUCAAAAUGAAGCAGCAAACAUUACGAGAUGGGCCAAUGCUGUCAUUGUAAAAUGUAAGGAUAAAAGAUGGAGGCAGUGUUUAGGAUGUUUUUUGUUUUUUUUUCUUCCAUUCUGUAACCUCUUCCGAUUGUUAGAAGAGCGCAGUCGACCGCGUGAUUUACCUUGAUGUCUACAUGAACGUGUACUCUUUCUUGUUCGUUUUUUUGCUCUUAUUUUUGUUCCCGUUCACAGGAGGAGUAACCCAAGGAAUCUCUGUAAAUAACCAUGCUGAUGCGUGUAUUUCUCUGCUUAAAACAUUACCAGAGUUUGAAAAUGCUUUUGAUGUAAGAAAAGCUAAUUGUGUGUGUGUGUUUUGGGGAUGGUCCAUGUUCUGAAGAGUUGAAUUGCUGUUGCUAUACCCUCAUCAAUGAUGCUUUAUCAAUGGCUUAUCAGAGUCCAA